AAACACUAUUUUUAACAUCUACAUAUCCUUUUGCUCCAGCAUCAACUGAUACUAUUGCCCGUUGGAUAAAGAAUAUCUUAACUGUAGCAGAUCCAGAUACAAAAGCCAAAGAUAUAAGAGCAAUUUUAGCCUUUUUAGCCUAA